AUGGACACCAGGCUGCUCAGGAUCGCAAUCGUGUUGCUUCUAGCAGGCACGUGCACGUCCCAGAAUGCGCUCCCCCCAGGCCCCUUGAGCGGCGCCGUGUCCGGAAGCGUCACCUUCACCACCACCCUGCGACCUACCGAGCGUCCCUUCUCCUCUGUUAGUUGGACCUUCAAAGGUGCCAACGUCGUCACCUCUAUCGACGAAGACCUGCCCGGGGAGGGUUACGGCAACAGGAUCACCCUGGACCGAUCCACCGGGAGUCUGGAGCUCAGGAGGCUGACCACUGCCGACAGCGGGGAGUACGUGGUCACCAUAAUACCGCAGGGGGAGGGUCAGAAACAGUUAUAUUUGAUUAGCUUUAGGAUUAUGAAGUGGUUCUCCUUGGUAAAGCUUCUCUGGGCCCAAAAGGUUAAAAAAAAAACAAAAAAAACCUUGAGUGUCAGCCACCCCUUUAACAGGACCAUUUUCUGUGUUGCGACAGUGCCGGUCUCCAGAGUCACCAUCCAAGGGCCCACUACCACCCUGAUCGAAGACCAAAGCUCGGCCACCAUCACAUGCGAGGCCUCCGGCUCCGUCAGCAGCCGAGUGUGGACCAAGGACGGCCACCCUCUCCUUCCCGGUCCCGGCGUCAGCUUCUCUUCGGACAACGCGAUUGUCUCCAUUCGAUCCGUUCGCAGCUCCGAUCGUGGCGUCUACCGCUGUCGGGUCAGCAACCCCAUCAGCGCCGUGACCAUGGCCUUUAACCUCACCGUAAACUGUGAGUACUGCAGACCUCCUCCAAGGUCUCUACAAAAUAAAAUCCUGGUUCACCCACAUUAA